AUGUAUUUAGUAUAUUUUGUUCUUCAGCAAAUCGAACUGUCGCGCUUUAAUGAACCGGCGCCAGCUGAUAAGUAUUGCCAUAUAAAGUUUUUGUGUACUAACAAACUUAAAGAAUAUCUCUUGUUAAUAAAUCACCUGAAAACUGUAAAAAAUGGGUCGCAAAUUUGUCGUCCCCUUGACCCCAAUGCAGAGGUCAUCAUCGGUGUUCCUGCAAUUUACUUGGAGUAUGUUCGAAGCAUUGUCCCAGACAAUGUUUCGGUAGCAGCCCAAAACUGCUGGAAAGUCGCCAAGGGCGCUUUUACAGGCGAAAUUUCCCCAGCUAUGAUCAAGGAUGUCGGGGCCAAUUGGGUUAUCCUAGGACAUUCGGAGAGAAGAACAAUCUUUGGCGAAAAAGAUGAUCUAGUUGCAGAGAAGGUGGCACAUGCUUUGGAAUGUGGAUUAAAAGUCAUUGCUUGCAUUGGAGAGACAUUAGAAGAAAGAGAAGCUGGUAAGACAGAAGAAGUUGUAUUUAGACAGACCAAAGCCUUAUUGCCAGCUAUUGGUAAUAACUGGGACAAAGUUGUUCUAGCUUAUGAGCCAGUGUGGGCUAUUGGUACUGGAAAGACUGCAACCCCAGCUCAGGCACAGGAGGUGCAUGCAUCGCUCCGUAACUGGCUAUUGACAAAUGUGUCUUCAGAAAUAGCUCAAGCUGUCCGUAUUCAGUAUGGAGGUUCUGUGACAGGUGCAACUUGUAAGGAGCUAGGUGCUUGCCCAGAUAUCGAUGGUUUUCUUGUCGGUGGAGCGAGUCUGAAACCAGAGUUUGUUGACAUUGUAAAUGCUACAGCAUAA